GAUUUUCAAGUGGAUAUGUAUCUCCAGUUAAAGUGGCGUGAUGAACGUCUACAGCAUAACAACAGCAAACGAAUUUUGAUCAAACGAAGAGAACAUUUUAAUCGAAUAUGGCAUCCAGAUCUGUAUUUCGCGAAUGCAAGAACCGCAGAAUUUCAUGAUGUUACAUCACCAAAUUUUUUGGUUUGGAUUUAUCCAAAUGGUACAGAUAUCGUUGACAGUGAUUUGUAUGCAAAAUUUGAUUAA